UGCAACCUUGGGAGUUUGUAUAAAAGCUUCCCCCUGACAACACUGAAAUUUGAAGCAUGGAAUUUCAGAUGGAUCAACGAAGAUCAUAUCGGCUCGCCAUCUUUUUCUUCUUCUUCUUCCUUAUAUCGUCUACGCAUUCGUUCUAUCUUCCUGGUGUUGCUCCUCGCGAUUUUCAAACGGGUGAUCCACUUAAUGUCAAAGUAAACAAGCUGUCAUCUACAAAGACACAACUACCAUAUGACUAUUACUACUUGAAGUAUUGCAAACCUACUGAAAUUUUGAAUAGUGCGGAGAAUUUGGGGGAGGUUCUUCGAGGGGACCGCAUAGAGAAUUCAGUUUAUACUUUCCAAAUGAGACAAGAACAGCCAUGCCAAGUGGUUUGUCGACGAAAACUUGAUGCUGAAUCUGCAAAGAACUUCAAGGAAAAGAUUGAUGAUGAAUACAGAAUCAAUAUGAUUUUGGACAACCUUCCUGUUGCUGUUCUUAGACAAAGGCGAGAUGGAAGUCAGUCAACUACUUAUGAGCAUGGUUUCCGUGUUGGGUUCAAGGGAAAUUAUGCUGGGAGUAAAGAGGAGAAGUAUUUUAUCAACAACCAUUUAAGCUUUCGAGUCAUGUACCACAAGGACCCUGAAACUGAUACUGCUCGUAUUGUUGGGUUUGAAGUCACUCCAAAUAGCAUUAAUCAUGAGUACAAGGAUUGGAAUGAGAAGAAUCCUCAAGUGACGUGUAACCAGAAUACAAAAAAUUUAAUUCUAGGUGGUGUUGUGCCCCAAGAAGUAGAUACAAAUAAGGAGGUUGUAUUCACCUAUGAUGUUUCCUUCAAGGAGAGUAAUAUAAGGUGGGCUUCUCGUUGGGAUACAUACCUUCUCAUGAAUGAUGAUCAGAUUCACUGGUUUUCCAUCAUAAACUCCCUUAUGAUUGUCCUCUUCCUUUCUGGUAUGGUUGCGAUGAUCAUGAUGAGAACUUUGUACAGAGAUAUUGCUAACUAUAACCAACUGGAAACACAAGAUGAAGCUCAGGAAGAAACAGGAUGGAAACUUGUUCAUGGAGAUAUUUUCCGCCCACCUAUUAAUUCUGGAUUACUAUGUGUUUAUGUUGGGACUGGUGUCCAGAUAUUUGCAAUGACACUAGUAACAAUGAUCUUUGCUCUGUUGGGUUUCUUGUCACCUUCUAACCGUGGUGGACUUAUGACUGCCAUGGUUCUGCUCUGGGUCUUCAUGGGUUUGUUUGCUGGCUAUUCUUCUGCACGUCUUUACAAAACAUUCAGGGGAACAGAGUGGAAGAGGAUUACCUUGAGAACUGCUUUUAUGUUCCCCGGUAUACUUUUUGCUGUCUUCUUUGUGCUGAACGCUCUCAUCUGGGGAGAGAAAUCUUCCGGGGCAGUGCCUUUUGGGACUAUGUUUGCUCUUGUGUGCUUAUGGUUUGGAAUCUCAGUACCUUUAGUGUUUGUUGGCAGUUACCUCGGCAAUAAGAAAGCGGCCCGUGAAGAGCCAGUUAAGACAAACAAAAUACCUAGACAAAUACCGGAGCAGGCAUGGUACAUGAAACCAGCCUUUUCAAUUCUAAUCGGUGGUAUUCUUCCAUUUGGGGCUGUUUUCAUUGAGCUGUUCUUCAUUUUGACUUCCAUAUGGCUGAACCAGUUCUACUACAUCUUUGGCUUCCUGUUUAUAGUUUUUCUGAUCUUGAUAAUCACAUGUGCGGAGAUAACUAUCGUCCUCUGCUACUUCCAGUUGUGCAGUGAAGACUAUUAUUGGUGGUGGAGAGCUUAUCUGACUGCUGGAUCCUCGGCUUUGUACUUCUUUCUCUACUCUGUAUUCUAUUUCUUCACCAAGUUGGAAAUCACAAAGCUGGUUUCAGGCAUCUUGUAUUUCGGUUACAUGUUGAUUGCAUCGUAUGCCUUCUUUGUGUUAACGGGAACAAUUGGUUUCUAUGCUUGCUUCUGGUUUGUCCGGAAAAUCUACUCCUCAGUGAAGAUUGACUGAUGAAGAGGAUAGCUCAUAAGUUGUUACAAGUAUAGCGAAAAUGGUUUGGGUUCUGAACUGAUGAUUUUGAGAUUUAGGAAGAAAGGUCAUGUGGUUUGCAUCAUAUGCCUUGUUUGCGCAAACAGGAACAAUUGGCUUCUAUGCUUGGUUUUGCUUUGUUCAGAAAAUAUAUUCCUCAUUGAAGACUGACUGACCAAGAGAUAGCCCAUAAGUCCAUACCUGUAUAGAGGUCUGAAUUCUGAUGAUUUUGAUAUAUAGAAAGAAAGUAGCUGGUUUUGUGCUGCAUAGGACUAAGGCUGAAGUCUGCCUGCCGACGACUCUUUUGUGGCUUGACUUGCUUCUUGUCAUUUAAGUUUAUUUCAUUUUCUUUUGUUGGUUACAUUAUUGCAACAUUAAUUGUACCUUUUUUAUUUUAACAAUACAUAUGGUAGAAAACAGAAAUUUUGUUGUGUCUUGAAAACUUAUGAUGAUGCAUCUACAAAUGUAUGCAAGCUUGUCCUUUCAAUUAGCAAAUUGAAAACCAUGGGAAACAUUUAUGCUAUACUUCUGCAUGUGAUUAAGAUCGCAUUUUACAUAAUUGUCAAGAAACAACACCAACAAGUGCUAAACAAGGCAAGCACAGAAUGCAACCCUCGGUAUCUUGACAGACAACACAUGCAGAUGAAUAAGAAUGAAAAAAAGGAGGUUGCUGUUACUGCAACAUUGUUAAACUGUUAGGGGUCGUUUGGUAGGAUGCAUUAGAUAAAAUAAUGUAUGCAUUAGCUUUGUAUAUUAAUAAUACCUUGUUUGGUACACUUUUUGAACCUAUGCAUUAUUUAUGCAAGCAUUAAUUAUGCACCAUAUUUGGUAUUAUCCUAUGCAUACCUAAUGCAUAGAAAACCAUGGUAUUAGGAAUGCAAAUGGGUUUUAAUGCAUGCAUCAGCUUAGUUAACGACAGAAUUGUCCUUCAAAAUUUAUGCUUGAUUAAAUUAUGCUAUUAUAUUAAUGCAAGUUUAAAAUAAUCCAAAUAGUGAGAACAAAAUUAUGUCUCUAGUAAACAAAUAAAUACAUAGCAAUAUUUUAUUUUUUAUAAAUAAAAAUUUAAUUCCACACUACAAUAUAGUUAGACAAAUCAAAUAAUUUUUUAGAACUUUUUCAUAUAAAAAUAUUCCCCAACAUAUGUUUCUUUUAAAAAGAUAGAGUGAUGGACUAGUUUUGAGGGCAUUUUUGUAAACAAAUAAUUCUUUUAGAAAUUGUGCAAUGCUUU